GUACCAUAUGUGACCUAAUAGUCAGGAUUGUAUGGCUACCGUUUAUGUUCUAUUAAUCUGAAUUUAUUUGUAUAAAAUUAUAUUGUAAAAUUAAAAACAUGGCGUCCAGUGGUUUGGAGAAAGCUGUUGAAUUUUAUAAAGAGCUAGAGGCUGCAUGGUCAAAGAAAGACAUCAAAGCGGUUGGUAAAUUGUUACCAAAGCUCAAGAUUCAUCUCUUAUCGCUCUCUUUCCUUCCCACGGGCGACAAAGAAUCCGAAAUGGACAGCAGACCACUUCUAAUAGCCAGGAGCAUGCUGGAGAUUGGAGCUUUUUGGAGUUUAGAGUGUCGAGACGUCUUCUCCUUUGAGAGAUACGUGGCACAACUCAAAUCGUAUUAUUUUGAUUAUUCCGGAAUCUUAAAAGAAUCAGAUUACAUGUACUCCAUAUUAGGAUUAAACCUCAUGCAUUUACUGGCUCGAAACAGGCUAGGCGAGUUUCACACAGAACUUGAAGUAUUUCCGCCCGAGCAGCUCCGUAACGUAUAUCUCAAGAAACCAAUCAUGCUUGAGCAGUUCCUAAUGGAAGGAAGCUACCACAAGAUAUAUCUCUCCAAGGAAGAUAUACCUGAUCCUUAUUACUCUCUCUUUAUUGUGAAUCUUUUGAACACGAUACGUGACGAAAUAGCUAAAUCAACGGAAAAAGCCUAUUCUUCUAUUUCUUUCUCCGAAGCAUCUCGUCUCCUCAUGAUUGAAGACGAAGCCGAUUUUAUUAAAUAUGCUAACGAGCGUGGGUGGAGUCACGAUUUGAAUAAGAGGGAGUUUAUUUUCAGUAAUACAAGUGAGCAGGAUAAAGGAGAAGUGGCUGAUACCGACUUGCAGUCACCAAGAGUAAUAAUUCAGCAGUGUCUAGGAUAUGCACGAGAACUUGAGAAAAUAGUUUAAUGAUAAUAAUUAUGACUAGAACUGUUAUUAUUUAACUGUAAAGAUAAUGAUUAUUUACCCUUAUUUUAAUUAUAAAAGCAACA